AUGACUGAAGAUAAUUCGGACUUUAUGCUUCCUGUUACAAUCUCUAGAGAUCAUCAAGAGGAGGAAAGAGGAUGUGGUAAAAACUCAGAAGGCCAGCAUUCAUUGAAGCACUUCCGGAGUUGCAGAACAGAUUCGCAUUGUAUUACAGUUAGUCUGAGUACAUGGAUUAUAUGGUGUUACGAAUGUGAUGAAAAAUUAUCAACACAUUGUAAUAAGAAGGUUUUGGCUCAGAUUGUUGAUUUUCUCCAGAAACAUUUUUCUAAAACACAAACAAAUGCAUUUGCUCGAAUCCUAAAGCUUUGUGAAGAAAAAUAUGAAACGGGAGAAAUAAAGAAGGGAAGGCAAGCCAUCAGUGUGUCCUCGGUGAAAGGAAUUACAAAUUUAGGGAAUACCUGCUUUUUUAAUGCAGUCAUCCAGAACUUGGCACAAACUUACAUACUUAUUGAAACGAUGAAUGAGAUUAGAGAAGAUGGCACAAAAUUGAAAAUUGCUCUCUCUCCAGAUUCCCAGAUGGACCCCUUAGUGGUGGAACUUGCGAGCCCUGGACCACUGACCUCAGCCUUGUUCCUGUUUCUUCACAGCAUGAAGGAGUCAGAAAAAGGACCACUUUCUCCUAAAGUUCUUUUUAACCAGCUUUGUCAGAAGGCACCUCGAUUUAAAGGUUUCCAACAGCAGGAUAGUCAGGAGCUUCUUCAUUAUUUGCUGGAUGCAGUGAGGACAGAAGAAACAAAGAGAAUACAAGCUAGCAUUCUAAAAGCAUUUAACAACCCAACUACUAGGACUGCUGAUGAAGAAACUAGAAAAAAAGUCAAAGCAUAUGGAAAAGAAGGCGUAAAAAUGAACUUCAUAGAUCGGAUCUUUAUUGGUGAAUUAACUAGCACAGUCAUGUGUGAAGAAUGUGCAAACAUCUCCACAGUAAAAGAUCCUUUCAUUGAUAUUUCACUUCCUAUAAUAGAAGAAAGGGUUUCAAAACCUGUACUUUCUGGGAAAAUGAACAGAUGUAGAAGUUUACAGGAGGCAGAUCAUGACCAGCACCGGGACACAGUCACUGUGCAGAGUACUCAGCAGCCCAGAGCUGCCAGGAAGCAGUCCUCAGCUAAGGAUAAGAAUCAAGGAAUUCCUAGCAGAAAAUAUGGAAGAAAAUUAUCACCUGGAGAAAACCCUGCUGUCAUUUAUGAGAACAAUGAAGACCUCGAAAGGAGUGGGGAGUCAUCAGCCUUUGCAAGUAUUGAGAGUACUACAAGGUCUCUGACAGAAAGCCCUACAGAUGGCAGUGACAAAGCGGCAAGCAAUUCUGAAUCUAGCGCUGAUGCCGACAGUGAGGCUUCAGAAUCGGAAAGCACUUCCCGGAAGAGCAAGCUGCCUAGAUCCCAUGGUGAAGCCCAUGGGCAAACACAUAGGCACCGUCAGCUGCCAUCACCUGAACUGCCACAUUCCAAGACUGACAGUGGAGAUGAGGGAAUAGCUCAAGCAAUUUCUGACCUUCGAUUGAACAACACUGCAACUGGAGAUAGAGAUUUUGACAGAGAAAAUCAUCCCCUUAAUGGUCCAAACAACCUAUGUCUUCCAGAUAGGAAACAUAUGAGGCCUCACAGUCCCCAAAAUGCUUUUCAGACUCUUUCUCAGAGCUAUGUAACUACUUCCAAAGAAUGUUCAAUUCAGUCCUGUCUCUACCAGUUUACAUCUAUGGAAUUACUAAUGGGGAAUAAUAAGCUUCUCUGUGAGAAUUGUACUCAAAAGAAGCAGAAAUACUUAAAGGAAAGCAGUUCUGCAGGAGCAUCAGCUGGCUUGAGUCUUCGUAAAGUAAACCGGCACGUAGAUUUUCCACUUAUGCUGGAUUUAGCACCAUUCUGUUCAUCUGCUUGUAAGAAUGUAAAUAUGGGAGACAAGGUUCUUUAUGGUCUGUAUGGCAUAGUGGAACACAGUGGCUCCAUGAGAGGAGGUCAUUACACUGCUUAUGUGAAAGUGAGAGUUCCCUGCAGGAAAUUACCAGAACAGACCACUGGGAGGAAAAAUGUGCCCGGUUUGAAAGAACUUGCCAGUGAGGCAGGAAGCCACUGGGUCUACGUCAGUGACACUUACGUGCAGGUGGUUCCAGAAUCAAGAGCACUGAGUGCACAAGCUUAUCUUCUUUUUUAUGAAAGAAUUUUAUAGUUAUUUGUUACUUGCUAAUGGCAAUGAUUAUUUAGCGCACUUUUAUUUGAAUGCUGCAACGGGAACUAUAAUAUGUAAUGUGCCUUGGUAUUCUCUCUUCUGUAGGAUCAGCAUGACCUUCAAAGGCUCCUUAGCAUUUUCACCAUUUUUGUGAAUCCUUUUAAUGUAAAUUAAAUUUACUCAGUGCUUUCAAGUUUAUAUUUCUGAAUGUAAAAACAAGAUUUAUUUCAUGUCAUGAGGGACAAAAAUAUCAAAAUUGACAAUAGUAAGAAUUUUCUUUAUGAUAUGGCUCAUUAUUACAAGCAUUCAGAAAGGAUGCUGGCUUAAUGAAAUUAUUCCUUAAUGAUACUCUUUUCUCAUUAAGAUACUGCUUCUCUGAUCUUCUGUAGUAUAUCCUAUGCCAUUAUUUACUUUUAAUGUUUUAGUCUUUUUAGCCUUAACCUUAUUCUGAGCAGUUGUAAUUAACAUUUUAUGUAUUUGUUAUUUUUGUAAUAAACAUCAAAUUUAUAA